GGCCACUCCUUUUCAUUCCUUCCUCAUUUGUCUCCUCUCCACCAUGGCUUUCGCUGGGAAAUAUGAGAUGGAGAGUCAAGACCACUACGAGGAGUUUCUGGAAGAAAUUGGGCUUCUCAAUGCCAAGACAGACCACAAAGUGGUAACGCAGGUGGUUCAGGAUGGGAACCACUUCACCUGGACACAAACCAUCCCCAACUGGACCUGGUGCAAUAACUUCACCGCUGGUCAGCAGUGUGAGCUGGCAACGAUGAAGGGCGUCAAAUUCACGGCUCCUGUCACGAUGGAAGGAGGCAAGAUUUCAAUUCCGUUUCCUCAGUACAGCUUCACAGCAGAGCUCGUUGAGGGAAAGCUAGUAAUGAUUUGCAUAACUUCAGGAGAGAAGGGUGUGACUUUCAAAAGAAUUAGCAAAAGGAUCUGAUCUGCCAGACUCAACAUGCUUUAUUGGAAAGGAGGUUGCCCGUGGGAGGAAAAGGCAUGAAAGUGCUCGCAAGAAUUACUGUAUCAAGAAGAAUAAAGUAAACAAGCGGAU